AUGGCUGGUCCUAGGAAUCUUGCCGGGCGCUCGUCGCAGCGCCGAAACGCAAAUCAGCAGGAUGAUGAGCCGCCUUCGCGAACCCGUUCUGGUCGCGGUCCAAAGUCAGCUGCAAAACCAGACAGCAAGCCGGAUAUUGUGUCACCAAAAGCCAAUUCACAUCGAUCCAGCACCACUCCACAGACGAGGAAGACUACUCGUCAAGCUUCAAGUAUUGCCAAUUACGCGGACCUCGAAGCCGGUAAUGUUGUCUACGGCAUUUAUGAGGCGCCCAUUUUCCACGUGUUUGGCCUUCCACGCGAUUUCUUGGACGGCCUCAAAGAGCAGAAAAUUUUCAGGAAACGGAGAUUCAGCGAACGAUCGGAGCCACCUGCGCUGAACACCCUCUUCCCUCAUUCUGAUACCAUGAGUGAUGACGAGAGCGACGAGAUUCCUUCGCCCCAGCCUGCCGCUACCCGGGGCAGGGGCCGUGGCCGCGGUGGUCGCGGUAGCAGGGGCGGUCGCGGCAGAGGAGGAAGGGGCAGAGGAAGUCGUGGAGGCAGAGGUGGAACAGCAUCUGCUGCACCACGCACGACAUCUCCUCUGCGCACUCGACCAUCUCGCAAUGCUGCACCCGCCUUUCCGUUAGUGGAAGAAGACGAUGAGGAGCCGUCCAAUCAGGAGUCGCCUGUCGAGGACGCUAAGCGAUCGCCCGAACUGGAAGAGGAAACCAUGAACGAGUUUACAGAUGCCGAGGAAACCAUGAACGACCUGACCGACGAUGAUCUUGGCGAUGUUCAAAAGAAACAUCAGAAAGAAGAAAAUGUGGACGAUGAGGAAAUGGCGGACGUCGACUGGCCAUCCCAGACACCGCCGGGCUCGCCACCCCCAGCACUCGUGCAGGCCUACAAAGAUCCAGACGCCAGGAUUCCUGUUCCAGUCGCCGUACCCAAGAUAUCGCUGCCAGUCAAGUCGGCCUCGCGAACAAGAACCCCGAAAGAAGGUACCUCAACGCCCAUACCCCCGCCAAAACUGCCUCCUCUAGAUCCAGAGGAUGAUGCGCUCUCCGAUUCUGAUCUUCCUGGACCUUGGAUUGAAGGUUUACCCAGUCCCAUCGAGGCCGAAUGCGAGGAUAGAGCCGACUACCUUUUGCAGAAGAGGUUCGAACCUAUGGUCGACGUUCAAGAUGUCAUCGCUUCAUUGACGAAAUUCCCUCUCGCACAACGGAGCACUGAGAGCUUGUAUGCGCUGGCGGAGAACACGCAAAGGAUUUUGAAGGCGUGGCAAGAUGAGUAUCUUCGGUUAGACGCUCGGACUGCUCCUCAUGCGCACCCGCCCAAGAAGCCUUGCAACGGUGGUCGAGUCGCUAUCAAUCCGCUCGUAUAUGAAGACAUAAAAGAGGCAGACAUUUAUGGUUACACCUACAAUCCAAAAAUAACAGAACCAGGCUUCCAAGAUCCGUUCAUUCAACGCCCGGGCCAUGAGCAAUCCGGCGGUAGGGAACUGCGACAGCGCCGCGCGAAUGCUAUGCUAGACUCUGCUGCUCCUAGUGAGGAAGAGGAGGAGGACGAAGAAGGUCGGCCUACCAAGCGACAACGCCGGGCAACACGCCGAUUCGAGGGAAGUGACGCAGGGACGGGUACUACCACGCCGAAGAAACAUAACGGUUGGGGUGGCGCGCGAAAAAAGGGCGUCAGCAAGUAUGCUAAGCCGGCUGAGCCUGCCGCAUCUGCGACCCCCGAGCCAGAUGGGCGCAUCAAGCGUGGGAAAGGCCUGCUUCACCCACGAGUUCAAGAGAUGCGAGAAGAGUCUGCGGUGACUAGCUCCGGAGAUGACGGUGCCUCGAACGCUGACUCGGUGGACGACGAAGAACAUUCUGUUCGACCAGCUACAAGAGGAGGCAGAGGCAGAGGUGGAGGUAGAGGAGGCAGAGGACGUGGCGGAUACAGCCAAAAAGGGCCUAGGAAGAGAUUAUUCGAAGAAGACGAGCCCAUCCCAUCAGCACAUGCGCCGAAUGGACAUCCACCUGCUCUUCAGUCGAUGAGCGAAGGCCAGAACCAGUUCACGUUGAAUACGCCUGUGGGCGCGGCUGUCGCACCUCCCGUUAUCGGUCCAAAUUCUACAGAGACCGUCUUUCAAGCUACGCCUCAGCCUUAUGCCUACCAGGAAUCAGGCGCAGGACCACAUCCGAGCGCACAUACUCCUGACACUUACAUGAACACCACUCCACUGAGCCAGUAUAGCAACCCCUAUGAUGACUCUGCAAAUAACUCGGCCUCCGGUUCACGGAAGAAGCCACGCGUUAAGAGCGAGAAGCGCAGUCAAUCCAUGACCAUUUGGUGGGCCGAACGUAAGGCCCGCCAAAAAGAAGCCGACGAGAAGAGUGGCACGCCACCCAAACCACCCACCUCGCGCUCCAACUCGGGUACCGGCCGGCGAGGCGGCAGGACAUCAGGUGCCGGAUCACCGGCCGCGAAACCAAAUCCAGAGCCGCAACACCGCCAAAUUCUAUUCUAUCCCGACCCGCACGUACCGCCUCCACCACCGCCAGCUCCUCAAGAGGUUCAGGCUUUCCACUCACACCCGCCUCCACCGGCGCCCUUUACCGCACCAUCACCUUCAACCGCGCAUGCGCCGCCUGUCUCGUACCCACCGCCACCUUCCCUUGUCAUGCAAUCCACUCCGCUCGCCGCGCUUCCCUCCGCCAUACCACCGCCGCCCCCGGGGCCAGGUCGCACGCUCGCGCCUGCGCCUUUGCCACCGCAGGUUCCAAUGUCCGCAUAUCCGACCCCGUAUGGCCCGAGGACAGCACCACGGCCUAAGAGCAAUGGCCCCCCUCCGCUGGCACCCGCUCCAAGUCAUGUUAGUCCGUAUCCACCAAUGGGGAUAGGGAUGGGGAUUGGAGCGAGUCAACCGGGAAGGGAUAUGCCGUUCAAGGUUCUGGUGCCUGGCAUUCCUCCAGACAGCCGGAGGGAAAGUCGUUAG